CCUUUGUCUGUAUGGAGUUUCCUGUGUGUGGCGGUUUCUCCCGGGUGCACAAGGACAUUUUACAUAGAGUGCAUAAAGAUGCACUGGAUCAGCGUGCCAUCCUGCCCCAUGUCUUAUGCUACGUGCUUCCCGGGGCAGGAUGCAGACACACUGCAAAGCGGACGAGCCGAUUACGGAUAGAUAUGACGCAUAUAGGUAUAUUACUUUACAUCAUGGCGUGGAGCAUGGAUGUAGCGAUGGAGGAGGAGGAGUCCGAUUGCGUUACGUUUGUUUGGCUUCCCUAAAACCAGAGGAAUGCAAAGCCUUACGAGACGCGCAAAUAUUCACUUCUUUGUUGAUAAAAUGUUUCGUUACCGUCAUGCAAACAGUGUGGAAGAGAUCGAGUGUAGCUCGUUGUGGAUCUGGAAAGCUCUGUUCGUACUUAAUACGCUUAUUCGCGGAAACACCUUAAAAGUUUUAGCCAGAACUGCUUUCUCUGGCUGAUUAAUUAACUAUGACUGUCAAUAUAUUAAAGGGCACGAUGGGAAGAUUGAAGUGUAACUAUUCACUGUUAGAUUUGAUAUUUUCGGUCACUGGAUUCUGCACUUUUUUGAUCGACGUGGGAACCGAUUUUUGGGUCGCCAGUGAGUUCUUUUCGCACGGAGAUUUCAUUUGGUUUGGGGUGUGGAUCUUUUUUAUGAUUUCCUCGUCUAUCGUGGUCCAAGCGUUUAGCUGGCUGUGGUAUAAAUACGACCGAAAAGUGGAUGGUUUCGAAACAAAAACAGCGGAAGAAAAUGUGCUUUUUGGCACUGAAAGAUUCCUACGACUUUCUAGUGUUCUACACAUCUUUCAACUCGGAUUUCUCUUCAGGUACAUCUCUACAGUCUGGCAGGGUGUUCGUCUGCGGUGUAAUGGGGAGCUGAGUUCCGACUUUGUGCUCUAUAUGGACCAUGAUAUCAGCAUGCUGCGACUCAUUAAGACGUUCUGUGAAAGCACCCCUCAGCUCACACUAAUGAUUUACAUCCUGCUGCACAACAGUCAUGUUGGGACCUUCCAGUAUAUCAGUCCUGCAGUCUCCAUGAUUUCCAUUGCCUGGAUGGUGGUAAGUUACCAUCGUGCCAUGCGAUCAUUUCUGCCUGACAAAGCCAAUCAAGGAUGGGGUUCCUCUGUUCUCUACUUCCUUUGGAAUCUGUUGCUGAUUGGUCAGCGUAUAUGCAGCGUGGCCCUGUUUGCCAGCGUGUUGCCCUACUGCCUCCUGUAUCACUUCUUGUUGCUAUGGCCAUCAUUGAUCCUCUGGGCCCAUCUGCAAAAGACGGCUUUUAUGGACAGCACUUUUGGAGAGUGGCUGUACAGGACCAUUGUGGGCUUGGUCUGGUACUUCAGCUGGUUCAAUGUAGUUGAAGGGAAUACAAAGGGCAGGGCUGUUAUCUACCAUGCCUUUAUGGUCACCGAUGGUGCCAUCUUGUUAACCACAUGGUGGUGCUACAGGGAUUCAGAGAAGACGCAGCACUACGCGAUAUGGUUAGUCUCCAUACUGGUUCUUGUUCACAUAUUGGGCAUCUUGGUGAAGAUUCUGUACUACCGCUGCUUCCAUCCCACACUCUCAUUGCCCCCUGCUGGUACGGAUAGGGAAGACAUGUUGGAUGGCAAGACCUUGUGGCAGAACCAAAGAAUGGAACGCCAGUCUAAUUAUUUUUAUGCUACUGAACAAUCAUUACCGCUGACCAGGAAUGUUAACAGAGCUGCCAGUCUUUGACAAAAAGCUAUUUCAAACCCCCUAUAACAGAAAAUUUUUGUAAUGGUAAAACUUAUGUGGCGCAAAGGAGAAAUAGUAGCAUAAUAAUAUCAUUAUAUCACAAUAACAUAUCAUUAUCAGAAAUAACAUUAUAGGAGAAAUGCUGCUGGAUGCCAUUCAAAAUGUUUGAAAUGUGCAUUUAUGAAAGAAUGUAUAGUAAAACAUCUAUGUGUCUGGAGUUUUUAUGUGGAAUGAGAUUUUCAUUAUUUUCUACUGAUGUGUUUUAUUAAUAUGUAUAUUUUUAUAUAUAGAGGGAUUAUGUAUAAUAAAGUGUAAGAAAGUUUUUUUAUUAUUAAUGUAAUUACCAGCAGCACAAUGCCAUUUGGUUCAAAAUACAUUUUUGCUCUAUUUAUGUGAUUCCUAAGCAACACAAUAUUUUGUCAAUGUCGGGACUGAUGAAUUGUCUAUAAAACCUGGCAUAUAAUUGCGUUACCUGUAAAA